UAAAGUUUAAUCAAAGAAAUAACAAUAAAUAAAAUGUAGUCUAGUUGAUUAUAAUAUUCUUUCGUCAUUUAAGUGACCAAGGUUUGAACUCCAAUGAUAACAAUUUUAAUAUAUAAAUAUGAACCGAGUGCAAUGACAAAAUAAUUGAAGUCACUCAAAAUAGCAUCUAAACUAAAUGUUUUGCUACCUUUCUUUCAAUAUAGUCUAAAAAUAAUUGGAAUCACUCAAAAUAAUGCAAAAUGUGAGUAAUGAGUUAGUUGUGAAUUGAACAUGGAUGCUCAAGGCUAAAAACUAGAUUAGCUACCAGUAGACUACAUGAUAAUUGUAUAAACUAAUAUUCUGGACGAGUCCUACUUAUUCAAAUUUUAUCUAAAUAUCCUUAAGGACCUGGGGGCUCGGAUCAGACUAAUCCCAGGGGGCCGGGGCCCAUCCUACCUUCCAAGUGGCUCCGCCCCUGCUGUCUAGAAUCACUCUCUGGCCACGAAAUUUGAAAUGAGAGAAUUCCAACCCAUGUUUUGUCUUUAUAUUUUGUAGAUCUGUAUCUUGCAAAUCGGUUCAUUUUAGACAGCACCAAAUUGUACUCACAAUUAAAUUCACAAAAAUGCUCUAUACCUUUCACAACAAACUGUUGGAACUUACACAUAUAUAACCAUUAAUUUGGAGCAUUAUCAUGUUACCGUCGAACUACAAGUGGUUCUCCAUGCAUACACUUGCUUCUUUAGUUCUCCAUUCUAGAUAUAUUCAAAAUUGCCACUUUUAAUUACUGGUUAAUAAUCAUAACAAUAACAAAAUCAAUAAUCAUCGUCAUCUUUAAUGGCGGAAUGCGUACGUGACAUAUGAUAUAAAUUUCUGAGAUUCAAAUAAAACCAUCGAUUUGAUAAUAUACUCAAACAGAAGAACAAUAUAAAGCUUCCAUUUCUAUAUGAUAUGAAUUCUUGUAUUUAAGUACUCAAUUUUUCUUUCUCUAAUAAUAUAAAGGGGUAAUUAGUUGGUCGAUGAACUCAGCGUAUUUGGAUGGUUGAAUUUGUUUUUUUUGUACAUAUACUAUGCUUGUAAGACAAGGUCGUAUAGUUUCCCAUUUUUAAGGGCUAUAAAACUGUUUGUCUGAUUUACUAAAAUUUAGGCCAUAUUAUAAUCAGAAAUUUACGCAUAAAAAUUGCAAAAAUAAUAUACCCACCAUCUAUAAUAACGGGAUACAUAACUAAAAAUAGACAACUUUAGUAUAAGACAAAAAAAAAACAAAUGAAAGAAAGAAAUCGAUUAGCUCAACUAUAGCCUAUAAAUACACACCACAGUUAGUCUUGCUUCACAUCCAAAACACACACCAAUCAAACAUCUUCCUAAACAAAAUCACACGAAGAAUCACUUACGUACGAAAGAUGAAGCCUGUUACAUUUCUCGUGGCUCUGACUACCGUCGCAGUCGUUCUCUCCACCGUCAGUGCUAGUCCCUACGGUGGGUGGCAGCCGAUAGAGAACAUACAUAACUAUCGCAUCCAGGAGAUUGCUAAGUUUGCGGUAAGAAUGCACAACUUGGAAAACAAUUUCAAACAUCCGUUGAGACUCGUAAGCAUUCGGAGGGGCCUUGUCCAGGUGGUGGACGGCAUGAACUAUAAGCUCGACGUGAUGGUGGCUGGAAGCAACAGUCUCAAUUCCAGGGGGAGUCUGUACCGAACGGAAGUUCACGUUACGCUUGGCACGAUGGAGCUCAUGUUUUUCACACGUAUAGUUAAAGGGUUAAAUUAAGAUCCUGCGUGAACAAUAAUUUAGCAGUCUUUGUUUUAGUUGUUAAGUUUUUCAUUGUUUGAUUAAUAAUUAGGAAUAACAUAAACUUUUGUUGGUUAUCUAGUAAUGUGUUAUUAGUUGAUUAUGUCCUUUUUGUCAAAAGUGUGAUUGUGCUCUUAAUUAAUUGCUCGUGUCUAAUUUUUAUCUCUACAAAUCGCUGCGCUAGAUAUCGUUCUACCGCACCAAAUCUCAUGAACAACUUAAGUAAAAACCAAGAAAUAUUCAUUGAGUAAGACUAUUUCAAUGUGUCAAAUUAAUUACUGCAUCAUGCCAUAGGCUAGAAUUUGAGGACUUUCGAGAAUAACAAAUGUUCAUGGGA